AAAGGAUCAACUCUUGACUUAGGCCUCCACUCCGGGACGACAGGUUAUUAAUUAGGGUCUGGUUUGUCCGUGGAGCCCCGUAUGAUUGUGAAAAAUGGCCUAACGAUUUAAUAAGGUGACGCUGAGCCUGGUACAUGCCAGCUGAACACUUGAUGACUGCUCCCUCUUUCUCUCUCGGUAUUUCGUCCUCCCUCAUGUGACGUUUUAGACAUUGCGUCCGCCAUAAUGCUGGUCGCCGUUAAAAAAAAGUCCAACGUCCAACAUAACAACUAAGGACUAUCUGUGGCUCUCUGAUGGCCAAGGUCUCCUCCGUUCACAACUCAAGGCAAGGCCAGCUUAAUGGUUGAUGACCCCGAAGAACACAAGUUCAGCAAGGUGCCCUUGAGCAAGAAACAAGCAUCCCAACAAGCAUCCCCAUCCUGACAUUUGCUCCGUAAAAUACACACCCAUCAAACUGCCACCAACACCAUCUCUGUCAAGAAUCAUUCCAACACUGAGAACACUGUGUCAAGGAAGACUACGAGACAGAGAGAGAGGGAGAGAUAGGGGGAGAGAGAGGGAGAGAGAGGGGGAGGGAGAGAGACAUUUUGAGUGACUGACGUGGAUUCUGGAGGAGACACACGCGGGGAAAGGGACGGCACGCAAUCCUGCUCUUUUCAUUCUGUCACCGAACAGUAAAGACCGAUGCUUUUCUAGCUGUGCCUCCCGCAUCCAGCUCACACAUCGGAUUUUCCCUCCGCUUGGCCGAACCUGGCACUGAACCCAGCCAACCUGGGCCGGGCUGUGGGGGCUGUUCAGCGAGCCUUAUAGCUGAAGUGGGCCACCCGAAGAUGAGCGCCUGGAGACCCGGGAGCGGGGCUCUCUCUUCGCCGGGCACACGUUCCGGGUCGUGGCGGUGCUGGUGGUGGUGGGUUUUGUUCAUCGGGGUGUCAGUGGGCUCCGGGGACCCGUGGAUGUCCGCGGAGGCAUGCCCGUCCUCCUGUACCUGCAGCAGCACCAGGAUCUCGUGCGUGGAUCCGGAACGGGGCAUCAACGCUUUCCCCGUCCUGCAGAGCGAGGCAGAGAUGGAGAACAUCACCGACAUUUACAUCGCCAACCAGGGCAGCUUCUCCUCCAUCAACGACAAAGACCUGCACUACUACAAGAACCUCAGGAACCUAACUGUGACCAACAGCAGGCUAACAUACGUAUCGAAGCUGGCCUUUCAAAAUAACAUCAAAAUACAAUACCUGAAUCUGAAAGAUAACAACCUGUCGUCACUCUCCUGGAGGAUAUUCAAACACCUCAACAUGUCUUAUCUGAUCCUGACAGGAAACCCUCUGCACUGCUCCUGUGAGAACAUGUGGAUCAAGCUGUGGCUGGGAGAGGAAGCGGACACUCAGGAGCUGCACUGCAUUGAGGACGGAGGAGGACGCAAGCUGCUGUCCAGACUGACACUACCCAACUGUGAGGUUCCCAUGGCAACGUUGAGCCCGUCCAAAGUGAGACUAAUGGAGGGGAAGCACGUGGAUCUGUCCUGUGAGACCUCCGGGGUGCCCUCACCUGAGCUGAUUUGGAACAUGGCGUUGGUCUCCAACUAUGAGAUCGAGACCUCGGGGCAGCUUUCGGUGCUACGUCUGUCGAACCUGUCAUCGAUGGACCACAACAGCAAGAUAAGCUGCACAGCUGAGAACAUCGUUGGAGACAAAGAGUCCUCGCUGCUGCUGGACAUACUUUUCCCUCCAAAAAUCCUUAAACUGAGUGAUGCAAUCAAUGACCAUCACUGGUGCAUCCCCUUCAGCAUAUCAGGAAAUCCGAAGCCAGAGCUGCAGUGGUUUCUGAACGAUAAAGCGGUGCCAGAGGGGCCAUUCAUCGAGACCAGGAUUCACGACAUCACAGACAGGGAAUACCACGGCUGCCUGCAGCUGGACAGCCCCACGCACGUCAACAACGGCCGCUACCGGCUCCUGAUCAAAAACCAAUAUGGGUCCGACGAAAGGGAGGUGGAAGCUCACUUCAUGCGCAAGCCCUGGGAUGGUGAGGAGCCUCUCUCUCUCCCUCCCUCUACAGAGGGCCCCCCUGUAGAACCCCCUGAAGACCGAGUCGCUGUGUAUGUGGUGGUGGGCAUUGCUGCUGUCGCCUUCACCGGUUUUCUUCUAAUGUUGGUUAUUCUGAAGUUUGGUGGAAACUCCAAAUUUGGCAUCAAAGGGUCCUCUUCAGUGAUCAGUAACGAUGACGACUCGGCCUCUCCUCUUCAUCACGUGUCUAACGGAAGCAACACUCCUUCGUCCUCAGAGAUGGGCCCUGACGCGGUCAUCAUCGGCAUGACGAAGAUCCCAGUGAUAGAAAACCCCCAGUACUUCAGGAGCACAAACAGCCUGCUCAAAACCGACACGUUUGUCCAGCAUAUUAAGCGACACAACAUUGUGCUGAAGAGAGAGCUGGGAGAGGGAGCUUUUGGAAAAGUCUUCCUGGCUGAGUGUUACAACCUUUCACCUGACCAGGAGAAGAUACUGGUGGCAGUCAAGACGCUUAAAGAGGCCAGUGAGAAUGCCAGGAAGGACUUCCACCGUGAGGCUGAGCUGCUGACCAACCUCCAGCACGAACACAUUGUCACUUUCUACGGGGUCUGCGUGGACAGCGACCCGCUCAUCAUGGUGUUUGAGUACAUGAAGCACGGAGACCUCAACAAGUUCCUCAGGGCUCACGGUCCGGAUGCCGUUCUGAUGGCGGAGGGCCAAACCACCCGACCUGUGGAGCUGACCCAGUCUCAGAUGCUGCACAUCGCCCAGCAAAUAGCAUCUGGCAUGGUUUACCUGGCCUCACAGCACUUUGUGCAUCGCGACCUGGCAACUAGGAAUUGCCUGGUGGGCGAGAACCUGCUGGUAAAGAUCGGAGACUUUGGCAUGUCAAGAGAUGUCUACAGCACGGACUACUACAGGGUCGGAGGUCACACAAUGCUGCCAAUCCGCUGGAUGCCCCCUGAAAGCAUCAUGUACAGAAAGUUCACCACAGAGAGUGACGUCUGGAGUCUCGGAGUUGUUCUCUGGGAGAUCUUCACGUAUGGAAAGCAGCCUUGGUACCAGCUCUCCAAUAAUGAGGUAAUAGAGUGUAUAACCCAGGGUCGGGUGCUGCAGCGCCCCAGGACCUGUCCGAAAGAAGUAUACGACCUGAUGCUGGGCUGCUGGCAGAGGGAGCCGCACAUGAGACUCAACAUCAAAGAAAUCCACUGUCUGCUCCUCAAUCUGGCCAAAGCCUCCCCUGUAUACCUGGAUAUACUGGGCUGAACACAGGCGGAGUGUGUUUCUGUGUAUUUGAGGUUGCAUGCGUGUGUGUGUGUGUGUGUGUGUGUGUGCCAUAGGGUGGAAAGCGGUGACACUUUUGGAUUAAAUGAAGUGUGUUAUUUCUCUGGCAAGUUGUACAGUUAUAGCUGUACAGGAUGUGAAGCUGUUAUCAAACUCUUAGGCAAUCAAAAAAAAAAAAAAAAAAUCUUCAACUCUUCAACUUAAUUCAACCCCUCCCCUCACUCCUUCAUGGAGAGACACUCACUAUGAGUCAUUUAACCUUGUAUGGGGGUGAAAAAGUUUAUAGAUGAAAACUGAUUUACAGGACUUAAGAUUUGAUGACUUCUCGGACAAAGGGAAGUUUCAGAGAAACGCAGCUCUGGGAGGAUUUCCGGAAGCUUCAACCGUUUUUUUGCGUGUAAAUAUGAAGCUGUGUGACGCUCGGUGCUUUGUCGAGACACAUAAAGACACUUUGCGUUUUUCCCAGAUCGGUCCGUCUGGCUGCACGUCCACGAGCAGUAACGUCAGCGUUCAUCCGGAGACAUUUGACUACACGGGGACACGGAGGAAAGACCAGGAGAAGCAAACACAACCUGGUUUCACACCUUUGGACGUGUUGUUGGCCAAUUUCACACAAAAAAAAAAACAACGCAAUCACUCACGACAGAGUGCCUACUGAAGCUGAACUGAACUGCUGGUGAAGAAGGCCGAGGUAUUCUACUAUACGGCGUAGUUGUGAAUCCUUCGACUCUAUAAACUUGAUCUAUAAUAUCUCCUCAUGCAAAAGUCUGAUAUACAUGAUCGUUAGCAUUUGUUCACUCAUAUUUGCAAACUGUUAUUACGCAUUUACUUUAAUUGCUUGGACCACAAUGCAAUACGGCACAGGGUAACAUGAUGACUACUUUUUUUUUUUCUCCCCUGAAGUGACAGAUGCUUCACUUGUGAUUUCAAGCGCUCAUGUCGGAGGUCAAUUGAUCCAUUUGUCCGCAGCUGUGCGAUAAUCGGGAGGUCGUGGUUUGGGGGGGGGGGGGGGGGGGUUGUAAAAGUUGCUGAGGGAUGCUGGGUUUUGAGUGGUCGGGACCACGGUCAGAUGUGUUGGUGACGGCGCAGUUUAAGGUGUGGUUCAUUUGGUCAACCCAUAUUAAAUCAUCAAGGCUCUCAGCACUCAGACAUCCUUGAAAACCACAUCUGUGCUGGAGGCGUAUGGGAACCCCCCCUACACACACACACACACACACACACACACACAAACACGAUAUACCUUAUCCCGGCAGCCCUGCUACACAAACACAUGUUUGAGACACACACACACGCACACACACACAAUGAAAGACACUCAAAACGGGACGAGAAGGAAAUUGAAUUGUGCAUGCUUUAUUAUUUGAGCGGUGCAGUGCUUUAGCUAGGCCCCCGUCCACUGUAAUGGUGUAAUGUAUAUUUCAUUACGGCCUAAUGGGAUCCAUUAGCAAAGUCUCCUCACAGACAUUCAAGACUUAUUGUUUUAUGGCUGAGAAGGAAGGAUAGAGAGGAGAGAAGAGGUGAAGGAGAAGAAAACAGAGGGGGGGGGGUGGUUUGGGGGGGGUGAGGAGCGGUGGAAAGGAGAAAUAAGAGAGGUAAUAAUGCACAUUGACAAACAAAUAGAAGGAGAAAGGAGAAGCCGGUCGGAGUGAUAAAGGUCGGAAUGGGUCGUGAAGAGAGAGAUGGAGGAAGAGUGAGAAGGGGGGAUGGGGGAGAGGAAUGAACGAAUGUCCUCAGGGAGGAAAGUUACAGCAAACAUCUCUCAUCGCCGGCCCCCAGAUGUUCUGUGAAGCCACAAUAUCAACCUCCCGCUCCGAUCACAUCAUUCACACCUCCACCACGCACACACGCAGUUCACAGCUUCUUACUGGCAGUCCACAAACGAGCUCAAUGAUGCACCACGCAUCCCCAUUGAUGAGAACCACUUCACUCACUUACAGAACAGCUCGGAUGUGAGGUCCGACACUUCUAACGCCUGGUUUUGAAUUUUACUGGGACCUUUUUCACCACACGGCUAUUUGAGUUGGCUGUAAAUACAUCAACAUGAACGAUGCAUCUCAUGUGUUGUUUAUUAACAGCAGCACUUGAUGGUAUCGAUGUUUGUGAACUUGAAAAUGUUGAUUUGAUUGAUUUAUAGUAUUCUUUAUAAAUCAAGGAGAAUUUUGUAUAUUUCUUUCUAUAACUAAUUUUGCCUUUCGCAACAGCAAACUGAUAUUGACCACUGGUCUAACUGAUUAUGUUUUAGCUAAUGUGUAAGAUAUCCUUGAGUGUCUGUGUGUGUGUGUUUUUAUGUCGGGGUCCCUCCCAACAGCCUGCCCUCGUGGAAUAAAAAGGAAAGGUGAUGGACGUCUCACCGCGUUCGUAGACUGAGUUUGACCCGGCCGUUGGUGCCGCUGAGAGGAUGCGAGUGGGUUGGUCUUGUCCUCCGGCCCUCAGAGUCCAUCCCUGCUGCAGCCGAGGCCUCAACAGUCAAAAAGACGCCACACGGUGACGGAGGGUAGCGUGAGGGGGGGGGGCCUCACUGGCGGUCAGUUGGCUGCAAAGUGUUUGUAGCCUGCUGUGUGUUUCUUUUUCUAUUUUUUUUUACAAACGGCGUCUGGUUGGACGGCGGGGUUGUUCUCGACGGUCGGGGCCAAUAGGAAGCCGGCUGGCGGAGGGGAAGUUUGUUUGGAAGUUAUUAGUUUAACAGAGAAAAGAUAAAAAAGGAGGAAAAACAACCCCUGCUGUGUGAAUGGAAAAGGAGGCACUGACAAUCACAGACUUUCUCUUUCUCCCUGAACUUCAGUGAAAUAGACUUCCCCACGUUCCUCCUCGAUGCUGCCUGCGCUGUACGCGAUAGCCCUAAAUGUCGGUCCCUAAAAGAGCUACUUUUGCUUUUCUUUCUUUGUGUCACAAAAUAACAGCGAGAGGAAUGAACAAAAAUACUUGUACAAAAUGUGAAUACGCUGCUGCUGCUAACUGCUUUGUCCGAGACUGUGUCGGUAUCUAGAGUGUACUGUUGUCUGCUUUUGUCUUAGAAAUGAGGACAGAGAAGUUGCAUAGCUGCGUGGGAUCUCACUCGUACACAAAACAACACGCAGCACCCCCCCCCCCCCCCCCCCCCCC